AGAUCCGGACUCUAAGAAGAUCCAAAUCGUGUAAUGUCAGCGCCAACGCACGAGAAGACCGCAAAACUACCUCUGUCAGUCAAAUUCAAGAUCCAGUCAAGUGCCGGAGAGCUCGAGACCAAGUCUCGCCCAAAGAUGAACCAAAUGAGCCACUGGCAAUGUCCGAGCGCGAUCGGAUCCACCUGGAACUGGAAGAACUCCGACAAAUCCGUCGCAACUCCACAAUAUCGAAAAUAAGCCAUGGACGUGAAGAUUCUCUCCAAAAACGGCGUCCAUACCAACGAGCUGUCAGUGUGACCAGUUUGGACACUGGAAGUAACACAGUUGACUCCUCAAGCCGAAGCAAUGAUAUGAUUCGGGCAAUGUUCGAUUCACAAGCUCCAAAGAUCAGAUUUGGGGGCAGUGGAAAUUCCAUGUCUUCCUUGCCGCAAAUAACCAGGCGGAAUUCGGUCAAAGCCAGGAAAGUCAAGGACAAACGGAAAUGGGUCCACGAUACUGUGAACAAAUACUUCAAUGUCAUUUUGGAAGAACAGGAAGAGGAG